AUGGAUAGUGAAGUGAGGGAUAAUGAAUUGAGGGUCAGUGAAGUGAAGCAUGGUGCAGUGAAAGAUAGUGAAGUGAGUGACAUUAAAGUGAGGAAUAGUGAAGUGAGGGGUAUGGAGGUGAAGGGUAGUGAAGUGGGACAUAAUGAAUUGAGACACUGUGAAGUUACGGAUAGUGGAGUGACUGAUAAUGAAGUGGGUGGCAUUGAAGUGAGGGAUAGUGAAGUGAGGGAUAGAGAAGUAAAGGACAGUGAGGUGAAGGACAGUGAAGUAAAGGAUAGUGAAGUGAGGUAUAGUCAAGUAAGGGGCAGUGAAGUGAGGGAUAGUGAAGUGAGGGAUAGUGAAGUGAGUGAUAUUGAAGUAAGGGAUACUAAAGCGAGGGAAAGUGAAGUGAGGAAUUAUAUAGUCAAAAAAGUGAUUUGA